AUGGCGUUCAACAACCCCCCCUUUGCGCCGACGAUCCCCGUGUCGCCGUUCGUGCCGCACAUCCCGCAGAGCCGGAUCGACGACCUCAAGGCGCGGCUGGCGGCCGAGGCGCCGCGCUCGACGACGUACGACAACUCGACUGGACCGGGACACCUGGGCGCGCGCCGCAGGUACCUCGACGACGCGAUCGCCAAGUGGCGCGACAGCUUCCGCUGGCGCGAUGUCGAGGAGGAGAUUGCCCAGUUCCCAGGCUACAUGGCGACGGUGCACCACCGGAACCACACGUACCGCGUGCACUACCUCGCGCUGUGGAGCGAGAAGCCGGACGCGGUCCCCAUCGUCUUCUGCCACGGCUGGCCGGGCUCGGUGCUCGAGUUUGUCCCGAUGCUCAAGCUCCUCAAGGAAAAGUACACGCCCAAGACGCUGCCGUACCACAUUGUCGUUCCCGCGCUCAUCGGCUACGGGUUCUCGUCCCCGCCUCCCCUCGACUUCCCCUUCACGUCGCUCGACAAUGCGGGCGUGUUUGACGCCAUGAUGCGCGGGCUUGGCUUCGGCCGCGAGAACGGCAAGGGCGUCGGAUACAUUGUGCAGGGCGGCGAUGUCGGCUCGUACGUCGCGCGCAACAGCUCGCGCUUUGAGAGCGUGCUCGGCGUGCACGUCAACUUCUUCCCGCUCCUCGGGUCGUCGUCCAAGCUCGACACCAAGGGGCUCGACGAGCUCGACCAGCGCGCGAUGAAGCGCGCGGUGCAGUGGGAGCGCUGGGGACAGGGCUACUUCUGGGAGCACGCCACCAAGCCCGCAACCAUUGGCGCCGUGCUCGAGAGCUCGCCCGUCGCGCUGCUCGCGUGGAUCGGCGAGAAGCUCAACGACUCGGGCAUCCCCGACAGCCUCAACUGGACGCUCGCCGAGGUGUCGCUCUACUGGUUCACCAACUCGGCCGCCACCUGCCUGUGGCAGUACAAGGCUGGCGCCGGCAAAGACCUCGACCCGAACGCGCAGCCGCCCAAGCGCAUCGACAAGCCGUUUGGCUACUCGCAGUUCAUGGCCGAGAUCUUCCCCACCCCGAUCGAGUGGAUCAAGUCGCGCACCAACCUCGUGUUUGCGCGCCGCCACGCCGAAGGCGGCCACUUUGCCGCGCUCGAGAAGCCCGCCCUGCUGUGGGGCGACGUGAGCGAGUUUGCCGGUAUUGUGCUGCAGCAAAAGGCCAAGCUGUAG